AAUAGCCAUAAUGAUAAUCAUAAAAUAACUGUUUAUUCUCCUUUAUUUACAGUAUUUGAUAAUAUCAGGAAGCCUUUAAUAGCAAAAGAGAAUGACACGUACAAGUCAUGUAAAAUCUUAUUUGCAUCUGAUCAAAUCACUG